GAGGGGGCCAGUGUGAGCUGGGAGGGCGUGGGGGAAACGAGGAUGGUGAGCCUCAAGGCGGAGGGCGGCGGGCGGCCGGAGGUGGGCUGCGUGGCCGUUGCAACAGAUUCGAUGCUCCGCAGGGGGUCUCGGCCGCAGGGUGCGGCGGUGUUUUGCCUGGCUGCCGCGCUGGCGGCUUAG